UCACUGUUCAUUUAGACUUUAGUCUAACUCCGGCUUCGAAACUUACAGGCUGUCCGAUAAUUAACAAUUUCAGGAUACCCUGAACCCGGAUGCAUUAAGUCUGCUGAUCAUAAACCGUGAACUACUUAAAAAUACGCAGAUUUAAUUCAACAAUAAUGAUUUCAUGAAACCUUCAUCAUGAAACUCCGCUCUGUAAAAAUGACAAAGUUUCCGUUAAAAAUCGUGGAUGAAACACUCAAACGCUGGUUUUAUCGUCUAGGAGUAUGUAUUGGGAAACAUCCUGGAUACUUUAUAAUAAUCCCUCUUCUUCUUACAGCACUCUGCGCUACAGGGUUCCAACAAAUGGAUUAUAAUUGGGACCCAGAAUAUCUUCUCUCCCCCUCCACCGGGAAAGCCAAGCUUGAGCGUGUCGAAAUGGAAAAGCAUUUCCCCAUUGACUACAAAUUUUUCCAGCCUGCUCGAAUGUCAAGAGUUGGAAAAUUUGGAAGAAUCAUUGUUACAGCUGAAGAUGGUGGUUCCUUACUCAGAUCAACUGUGUGGGAUGAGAUACUUGUGCUGGAUGCUGGAAUUACCAACAUGACAAUUCCACAUGAAGGUGCAAUGGUCACAUACAACCAAAUUUGUGCUAAAUGGGAUGGGUAUUGCAAGUCAAAUGAUGUGUUGAGUAUGGGUGCAUUCAUGGAGGACAUUGAAAGCGGAGCCUUCAAUCUUAGCUAUCCGAUAACAUUUGAUCCAUUCACAUUUCAACAAUACAACCUUCCAGCAUACUUUGGCGGAGUGAAGUAUGAUGAUUUUGGAAUAGUGACUGAAGUGAAGGCAGUUGCUCUCAACUACUUCCUUGAUGUGUCUGAAGACUGGUUGCUUGCAGUUGGGGAUUCAUGGGAGAGAAUGUUCUUAGAGGAAAUUGAUAGAAUUCUAGAAAUUUCUCAGAACGUUAAGGUUGCCAAGUUUUGUUCUUCCACCCCUGCUUGGGAGAUGGAGAAAUCUAAGAACUCCAUCACACCAAACCUGAUGAUAAAUGUGAUCAUCAUGAUAAUGUUUUGCUUAGCAGCAUCAACCAUGUCAGAUGCGGUGAGAUCAAAACCAUUGAUUGGAUUUCUUGGACUGUUCACCGCUUGUCUUGCCACCUUGGCUGGGUUUGGAUUACUCUGCUACUGCGGGGUUGAAUUCAUUGCUUUAUGCCUUGCAGCUCCUUUUCUUCUUCUGGGAAUAGGUAUUGAUGACACAUUUGUCAUGUUAUCUGCCUGGGUGCGCUCCUCUAAGCAGGCUUCUGUUCCUGAAAGAAUGGGACAAGCGUUCUCAGAUGCAGCUGUCUCAAUAACGGUGACAUCCUUGACGGAUUUCCUUAGCUUCAUUGCAGGCGUAAUAACCCCUUUUCCUGUAGUCAGAAUAUUUUGUCUAUACACUGGAUGUGCAGUAGCGUUUAUUUAUGUUUGGCAUCUAACAUUAUUUGGAGGAUGUCUUGCCCUGGCUGGAUACGCUGAGCAGAAAAACAAGCAUGGGAUGUUCUGUUUCACGGUAACUCCAAAGUCUCUUGCAUCAAACAGGAAUUGGGUUUACAGAGUGUUUUGUACUGGUGGGGUUAACCCAAUGGAUCCCUACAACCCUAUUGACAACAAGGAGCAUGCUGGUAUGGCAUUCCUUAGAGAUAAGCUUGGAUAUGCCCUCAGCUUGAAAUGGGUUAAAUCACUUGUGCUUAUUAUAUUUACAGCCUAUAUCAUGACCUCAAUUUGGGGUAUUACCAUGAUUCAGGAAGGUUUAGAGAAACGAAACACAGUGAACUAUGAUUCCUAUAGUAUCAACUACUAUGAUGCUGAUGAUCAGUUUUACAGAGAAUACAGAUUUCCAAUUAAUGUUAUUCUUAGUGGAGAUAUCGAGUUCUCAGAUGUCAACACCCAACAGAAAAUUAAUAGUAUGCUAAAAAGCUUUGAAAACUCGUCAAUGAUAGCACCCGAACUGACAACAUCAUGGCUUAGAGAAUUUUUGGGAUUCGUUGAGCGAAAUGAAGGUUUUGAUGAUAUUGACGUUUCUAUUGGAACAGAACCAGAGUUUAUAAACACCCUGAGAACUCACUACCUUGCGGAUUCUUCGAGUCCCCUUCGACUAGAUGUAGAGUUCAGUCCAUUGGGGGACAGAAUCAGUGCAGGACGAUUUCUACUUCAAGGACAUAAUGUGGUCAAUGCUUUGGAUGAGACUGCUAUGGUAGAGGAGCUCCGAGCAGUUGCGGAACAGUUUAGUGAUGAGAAUAUAAAGGUUACUGUUUUCCAUCCUUACUUCAUCUACAUUGACCAGUAUCUAGAAAUUAUGCCGCAGACGAUACAAUCUAUACUUGUAACCUCUGGUUUCAUGAUGAUCAUAUCCUUCAUCAUGAUUCCGAACCCGCUAUGCUCUCUCUGGGUGGCGUUUAGCAUUCUCUCUAUAGAAGCUGGAGUCCUUGGCUUCAUGGCUUGGUGGGGAAUCAACCUUGAUGGCAUUGCUCUGAUCAAUCUGAUCAUGUGUAUUGGGUUUUCUGUAGACUUCUCAGCACAUAUCUGUUACCACUAUAUGUCUGAAGAGGGUAAAUCUCCGGAUCAGAGAAUAGCUGCAAGUCUGUAUGCCCUUGGACUGCCUAUAAUUCAAGGUGCUACAAGUACUAUUCUAGGAGUAAUAGGACUGGCAUUUGCACCAAGCUAUCUUUAUGUCACUUUUUUCAAGAUGAUAUUUCUUGUAAUAUUUCUGGGAGCUCUGCACGGGUUGAUUUUGCUUCCUGUUCUUCUCUCGCUUUUUGGUCCUGGUUCUUGUAACAGUCGGAGCUCAACACAUAGUACUACUUCAUCCCCAUCCACAACAGUCUCUGUACACUCAAUAAGCAGCCAUCCUCGAUACUCUGUUAACCUAGGAUUCGUGACUCCAGACCCUGCUAGAAGAAAGGACAGUUCCCAGCUUCCUGUUGAGCACUUCCAGCGGCGGCACGUGGGAAGUCCAAACUUAAGAGAUUUCAAGCAGUCUGAGUUUAACCCAGACCGGUUCUCCUUCAUUACUAGGAUUUCCGAGGAGACCGUGGCUUCCUUAACUACCCGGGUCCAAACUGAUCCCAGACUUACUCCGGUUCCUGAAUCCGAUGAGCAGUACGAUUCUAUCAUUGCCCAGUUGGGACAGCGCCGGCCUCCUCCCACUUCUUCUACCCGAGAACUGAGACACUCUGCUUUAAGUCGUAAGAGCUCAAGCAGUAGUGGCAACACUAGUCCCCAGAUGCCAGUCCAAGGUCUACGGCUCAAGGGAGCUUCUCAACCCAUCAUAAACAUGGAGCACAAGAAGAUUUGCAGAUCCAAGAGCCACAAACCCCGAACUACAACCAUCUCAGACAAACAGCUACUCCGCGAAUUAAACCCAAAGCAGCCAUUACGUAAAUAUAACAGUUUUCCUUACCACGUGUUCAACAACGAGGGCGGUUAUUCAUCGGACGAAUCGGCUAAAUCCAUGAAUUAAGAUCUUAGAUAAUCAUGAGAUAAUGAAAACACAUACUGAUAAGAAACCAAAGCACAAUGGUUGAGGAGUCCGGGAAACCCAGUUAAUUUAACAUUUGAAAAAUUUUAUCCUGGAAAACUUGUUUUGUUCAAGGUCAAUUAUUUUUUCAUUUAUUUAUUUA